AUGGUUGGGCCUGCUCGGCCUGGGGCUGUUCGCGCUGCUCCUGCUCCUCCGUCUGUUCCUGCUCUUCCUCGUCCCCCACGGUCACGACGUCCACCUCCUCAAUUAUGCCCUCCACCACCACCAGCUCCUCCUCUUGCGCCUCUGCUCUCUACCCCCCAAACCGUGCUCUCCUCUACCAGCAACCCACAGAGAUGGCGGCCUCCUCAGGCGUCUCGUCCUGCGCCUGCGCACCAGCUGUGGCCUGCUCCAUCUUGGCGCUACAGCUCUCCGGGGGCUGCUCCCCGGGACACCCCGGGUACCGUCUUUUUAAAGGACCACUUCACAGGCCGCUGUCCUCCUAAGGUCCCGGAGCAGCCAUGCCUUGCGCAGGCCGUGCCUCACUCUCCAAGGUGUCCGGUGGCCGCUGGGGCAGGUGUCAAGGGGACGGUAAGCCGACCUGUCUGCACACUUCCGGCAGGAACCAGCUUUGCCCUGCCCCAGGCGGUUAUCCUGAAGGGAACCAAUCCCCCGCCUCCCACUCAGAGCUUCCUCUGUACUACCGGGCCCCAACCUGCAGAGGGCGCCCUGCACAGGACAGAGGGAGUCAUCUUGGCCUUCCAGAUGGAAUGUGGCUGGACCCUGGGUAGCACUCCAGCUAAAAGUCACAAACAAGUUCCAAGAAAAACCUACAUCCACCCAGUGUUUGGGUCAGGAUCAGAUCUUACUCAUGCAGGAACUGCGGAAGAGAUAAACAGACUGGCGCAGUAAGCGAACUGGCCACAGAUGAAUUUUCCAGAAGGUACUUGUACAAACAGGACCUGCCUAAUUACCGUGAUGCCUGGUGAGUUUAUCCCUGCAGUUCCCAUCCAGCCCAUGGUAUUACAUUACCCAAAUACACUGGACGCUAUAACAUGGACAAGGCAAGAACCCAGAGCAUUGGAAAUGCGGUGGCUCACACUGAGUCAUUUUCACAAUCAGGUAGAAAUUCAGUCUGUCCAAGUGUACUACUACCCUUCAGAGGAGGAGAAGAACCCAGGAGUGUAUGCUGGCACUGUGAGGCACAUCAUGCCAGAGGCCCUUGGUGUCUCCGUCAUGGAUUACACAUUUGAGGACUGCCAGGUGGCCCUGGUGGAAGGACAGCUGCGUCUCCACUGGGACACUCGCCGUCUAGAUUUUGCCAGGCUUGUGAGAGGUCUUGGGCUAAAUGCAGAAAAGCUUGAAAAAGAUCUAGAUGAAUACUCAGAAAGCACUAAGCUGAAGAAGGGUGAGAAGAGUAAACUGUUGGAGUUUGCUGCAUACAUGGAGGGCACGUUCUCACUAUUUGACAAGAGCAGCAGUGGCAAUUUGGACCUGCAGAAAUACGUGAUCACCUUGUCCAUCAUCUCCAGACCAUCCAAGACUCUGCACACCAUCCAGAUAGCAUUCAAGAUGUACCCAUUGCAGGAAGAUGUGUGCAUAAACAAGGAAGACCUGUCCUGCAUUCUGAAGAUGGCCUUGAAAUUGGCAGAGUUUCCAGUGAUGGGCCUUUUCAGCACCCAUCUGAAGACGACAUUUGCUGGCUUCACCAGCUUUGCAGACAUGUACCCAGACUUUGCAGAAGCGUAUGUGUAUCCUGAUCAGACACGGUUCGAAAGGUGUGAACAGACUCCAUCAGCACCAACCCUGAAUGGCCUCUGUACUGACUUCAGCCAGGAAUGCACUGAGCCCAGGGAGGAAGACUUCCCAUAA